GCGAAACGAAGCGAGGAAACCGCGAGAUGGAGAGAGAGAGAGAGAGUGAGCGAGACUAUUGCAGAGGAACCCCCUCUAUAAAUACCUCCUCACGCUCCUCUUCUUCAUCAUCAUCUUCUUCUUCCCCGCUUCUCUCUCUCUCUCUCUCUCUCUCUCUCUCUCUCUCUUUCUCUCUCUCUCUCUCUCGCGGAUAGGCGAAAGGGCGAGGAUGGCGCCAAGGUCGGCGAUCGCCGCCACCUUUCCUUACCCCGAGAGGUUCCAAGCCGCCGCCGCCUACGCCGGCAUCGGCAGAGACCCCAACUCUGCCUCCACUGCCGCGAUCGCGAGGCUCCCGGACGAUGCGCGUCUCAAGCUCCAGUGGCUAUACCAUCAGGCUAAGUUUGGGCCAUAUGCUGCCCAGAAACCAAACACAAGGAAACCGGCAGAGGAAAGUGAAUGGACGAGCGGAGACCAGCCUGAAAAGAUGCUUUCAGCUGAAGCAAUGCGUCUUUUUGUGGAAGUUUUGGAGGCGAAUGAUCCUGAGUGGUAUUUCAAGGUUCCUGAAUCCAUCAUCAAGCCACUUUUAGAUGCACUAGUGAAUAAAAAAACACUGGAUCCAGCCGAGUCAUAUACUCUAACUGGAAUAUCUAUCCAAGAGCCUGAAACCAUUGCUGCACAAAAUGAAAACUUGCUUGAGACUAAGGACGAGGAUGCCAUUAAAGAAGGUUUUGAUUCAGUUAAAAUCUUUGAUACAUGGACUGUGCUUUCUACAUCUGGACGGAAGCCAAAGCCCCGUUAUAAGCAUGGAGCAACUAUAUUGCAAGACAAAAUGUACAUUUUUGGUGGAUGCUACAGUGGUCGUUAUCUCAGCAACCUUCAGGUUUUGGAUUUGAAAAGCUUAACUUGGUCAGAAAUAGAGGCAAAAACACAAUCCCCAGGUUCAGCUACCACCGUUCCAGUUGCUCCUUGUGCUGGACAUUCUUUGAUUACAUGGGGAAGAAAAAUUCUAUCAAUUGGUGGGCACAGCAAAGAUUAUUCAGACACUGUUACAGUGAAGGAAUUUGAUCCGCAAACUUGUACUUGGGCAAAUAUAAAGACUUGUGGGAAGCCACCGAUAUCUCGUAGUGGCCAGUCAGUGACACUUAUUGGAACAACCCUAGUCAUGUUUGGUGGUGAAGAUGUAAAGAGAACCCCUAUGAAUGACGUGCACAUUCUUGACCUGGAAACCAUGACAUGGGAUGAAAUUAAUACGAUAGGUACCCCUCCUUUUCCACGCUCGGAUCAUACUGCAGCUUGCCAUUGUGAGCGCUAUCUUUUGAUUUUUGGUGGGGGAUCUCGUUCUACAUGCUUCAAUGAUCUGCAUGUCCUUGACUUGGAAACUAGGAAAUGGUCAAUACCCAAACAGGUAGGCAUAACUCCAAGCCCACGAACUGGGCAUGCAGGUGUGAGAAUAGGAGAGUACUGGUUUAUUGUCGGUGGUGGUAAUAAUAAUGAUGGGGUAUCAGAAACUCUUUGUUUUGACAUGAGCAAUUUGGCAUGGUCAGUUGUUACCACUGUACAAGGGCGUAUGCCCCUUGCAAGUGAGGGCUUGAGUAUAGUUUUUACCACCUAUAAGGGUAAAGAGUUUCUAGUGUCAUUUGGAGGAUACUCUGGAAAUUAUAGCAAUGAGGUCCAUGUUCUUAAAGCAAGCUACAAAUCAGACAUACCUCCACCUAUUACAAAUGGAAUUAUCUCAAGUACUGCACUUACCAUGUAUAAUUCGCCAAAUGGUUCCAUCUUGAAUUCGGAAAUCAAACAUGAUCAAGAUAGAAAAGUAGAACAGACUACAACGGAUAAAGUUCAUCUAUCAAUUCCGAAUAUCACGCAGAAGGAAUCAAGUGGAGUUAUAGGAGCCGUCAAAACUGACAUAGAUGGUUUGAAAGUAGCACUUAAAACGGAACAGCUGCUGACUCGCCAGCUUCAGCAGGCACUAGCCCUAACACACAGGACAAUUGCAAAUCUUACUGAGGAACUUAAAGUUGUUGUUGAUGGGCUCGCUCCAGAAAGGUCAAGGCUUUUCGAACUUGAGGCUAAUGUUGCGGAACUUCAGCAGAAGCUACAACCGAUGGAGGGGUUCCAGAAGGCAGUAGAGUUCCUUCGACAGAAAAAAGCUGCUUAAUGAGGAGCAGAUGCCGAGUCAAGGUGGCAUCUGAAGUUGGCUUUCUUACUGAAUUUCUCAGCAUUAUUUGGUAGUUCACACAGGUCGAAUGUGAUUCUAGUAUUCUCCUUAUCACCAUUUUUUUUUUUUCUUCUUGAAUGUGUGGCCCUCAUUCAAUUCGUCACAACUUUGCUUCUUGAAUGUGCAAUGCCUUCAUUCAAUUCGUGAAAACAAGUCAAGAUUUUGCAAGAUCCUAAUAUCUGAAAUACUUGGAGUGGAAUUUAUUGGGUCUCUGCUUUUCA